AUGAAGGCUUCGUGGCCUCCGGAGGGCCUGGGCGAGUUCACCAAGGAGCACAUCUCCGCAGAAUGCGCGCGCUGCCUGGCCGAGAAGCUCGGACCACCCCCAACGUGGCCAACCGCGAUCGGCGGCAAGAAUCCGAACGCGCCCAUCAAGCUCGACUCGGGUUUCGAGAGGAACGUCGACACUACGACCAUCAAGGCCGACGCGGGCAAGGUGGCGGCAAAGGCCGCAGCGGUCGAGGCUGUCGCGCCGUGGCUCGAGGAGGCGGGCUUCGCGGGCGAUUGGUGGGGCACCGAGUCCCGCGACCCUCUGUCUCGCUUCUUCACGAUUGAGGUGAAUGGCUCGAAGGUGGGGCUAGUGGACGCGGCACCUUUCCAGGUGUGGCGCAAUAGGCAGCAGCUCAAAUCCUUCGAACAGGACAAAGCGGAGAUACGCGCUCUCAUGAGCGACCAGGGAGGGGUGGCGCCUUUCGCCCGCGAGAGCCUCAUUCUGCAAGCCUCCUUGCCGGAAUGGGAGCAGGAGUGGGGCGCGCCGACAGGGGGGUGCGAUCGGGAUGCCAGCUCGGUCGGGGUCCUGGGCCUGCGCAACACGUGUUCCAAGGUGAUCACUGCAGCGGCCGAUCCUGACAGCGUGUUCUUCCCCGACCGCUUGAGGAGCAUCGUGAUGUCCGCGGAGUAUAACAUGGUCAACGAGCCGGGCAGCAGGGGCGUGUUCCUCAACAACUGCUACCUCGGGCUCCACGGGCCGCUGGAGGUUCUGUCGCGGGUGGCUGUGUUCUCCCUCAUGCAGCGGAAGAGCGCGCCCGACGCCGUCUGCAGCACUGACGAGCGGGAGGACGUCAACCUGAUGGAGUGCCUGCUUGCCGCCGGGGUCGAGCAGAGGGAGGAGGUCCGCGCGCUCGCGGAGAAGGACUGCAACCGGGACGGGCACUGGCAGUCCCCCGAGUGGGAGGAGUGCACUGGCCCAGAGGCCGCGUUCCAUCCGUUCAAGACCGUGGAGGAGCACACCGCUUGCCUCAACAGGGCGCUCGCGCGGUGA